AUGCCGCCACGAUUAAACAUCCCCGCGUUCACGCGAUCAAUCGCAUUCCGGCCAAGGCCUCAGGCUCAAUGGCCUGCUCGGUCAGCACUCCGCCUGGCACCGUCGCAAUGCCGCCUCUACUCGGACUCGACCAAGACUCCAGCCGCCGACCGAUCGAAGCGAGAGGAUGCGAAGCCGAUUGAACAUGUCUCGGAGGAAGCAGCCUCUAUGGCAAAAACAAUGGGAGAAAAGGGCCCUGAUCUAAACCAGGGCACACCGAUUGAAGAUGUAGUCAAGGGAGACAAGGAGGCGCAACAGAAUCUGCCAAAGGUGAUGCAGGACAAGCUCAACUCGCAGAAGCCCAAGACGACGCCCAACAUGGCACCCAAGGGAUCACGGUCAUAUUCGACUAUGACGACACAGCCAAGUGGGAACAGCGGCAUGGACAUGGGUCUGGUAGACUUGCAGUCUGUGUCAAAAGCACCGGCGACCCCAGGACUGAAGUUUGAGAUGCCAUCUCUACCUCUUCCAAAGGAUGGUCACGUCAAGCACCGCCACGACCCCGUAGUUGACCAGGUCACCAAUCUGCUCAUGCGACACGGCAAGAAGAGCGUUGCAGAGCGGAACAUGGCGCUGAUCCUGCAACACCUUCGGACAUCACCAGUUCCUACCAUUAACCCAUCGCGACCGCUGCUCCCUGGCGCACCCCCACCGUCACAUCUCCCGCUCAACCCCGUGCUCUACCUCACUCUUGCUAUCGACUCGGUCGCCCCUCUCAUGCGCAUCCGAAGUCAGCGAGGUGCCGCUGGAGGUGGUGUUGCUCUACAGAUUCCCGUUCCGCUGGGUCAAAGGCAACGGCGGCGUGCUGCUAUCCAGUGGAUCAUGGCCGCUGCAUCCAAGAGGAGGAACGCGGGCAGUGGCAAGGGCAGCUUGGCCCAGCGUAUCGCUCAGGAGCUCAUCGCUGUAGUACAGGGCACGAGCGGAAUCUGGGACAGGCGCAAUGCCAUCCACAAGCUUGGUGUUGCUGCACGAGCUAACAUUGUUCUGCCCCGAAAGAGGUAG